AUGGAUGUGAUCAAUGCUAUGGAGGAACUAGAAUUCGAAGAUUUUAAACCGGUGCUUGAGGAAAGCCUGAAAAUGUUUCGAGAAAAGAAGGAACGCAAGGCUGAGGAAUCGAAAAGAGGUGGUGACGAGGAAGAUGCCGAGGCAGAUGUAGACGCUGAAGAUAUUCCAGAAGAAGCAGAGCAAGACAACGAUGAAAGCGAUGAUGAGGACUGA